CUUAUGGAGGAGGCUUUGCUAGAGAACCCUAAGUGUCCACUGACAAGCAUUAGGCCUCACAUGAGUCUCUUCCCAAGUGCUUACUCCACCCUGCCUCGUGGUGAAGUCUACAGAGCAGCAAGAACAGCCAACCUUUCUGGAACCUUCCAAAGUAAUAAAGGAGAGUUCAUUCUUUGGGUGAGAGUGGCCCCACGGGUCAGCGACUGAGUACACCCACUGAGAGCUGCAUCUCAGCUCUGGUGCAUGCUCACACCUGCCUCUUCUCAGGACAGGAUAUAAUUACACAUUAUUAUUGAUUAGCAUUAUUGCUGAAUCCUCACUGUCCGCAUGCCAAGUAGUUGUCUCUCUGCCCCUACCUUCCAGGAAGGGCAAACAAAGUACAAGGUCAGUGCCUCAGAUUAAUUUGCCGCUGCAGAUGCUCCCCACAGACACUCCUGCUGGACUGAAGACCCACCAUGUCUCUGUUGACUACUGUACUACUUCUCUGGGGUUUCACUCUGGGCCCAGGAAAUGCUCUUUGGCUUGAUUCUGGCAGUGAACCUGAACUACGGGCAGAGCCUCAAUCCUUGCUGGAACCCUGGGCAAACCUCACACUGGUCUGUGCAGUUGAUUUGCCUACCAAGGUCUUCGAGCUGAUCAUGAAUGGGUGGUUCCUGAGUCAAGUCCGACUGGAGACACCGGUGUUGUCAUAUCGCUUUUCCCUGGGGGCCAUUACAAGUAACAACAGUGGCGUCUACCGCUGCCGAUGUGGCGUGGAACCCCCUGUUGACAUUCAACUGCCAGCGCUGAGCAAGUGGACAAUGCUAAGCAAUGCUUUGGAGGUGACAGGGAAAGAGCCCUUGCCUCCACCCUCAGCUCACGCUGAUCCAGUCUCCUGGAUCACACCUGGUGGCCUGCCUGUCUACAUCAUGUGCCGGGUUGCCAUGCGAGGUGUAACCUACCUGCUGAGGAAGGAAGGGGUGGAUGGUACCCAGAAACCUGAUGUCCAGCACAAGGGAACGGCUGGCUUUCUAAUCUACAAGCCUGGUAACUACAGCUGCAGCUACCUAACCCAUGCAGGAGGCAAACCCUCUGAGCCCAGUGCUAUUGUGACCAUCAAGAUGUCUGCCACACAGCUUCCACCCAGUCUGUGUUUAAUGGGAAGUUACCUAACGAUCUACCCCCAGAAGACACAUGAGACGCUUGCUUGCAAAGCUCCUCGGAAUGCAGCCGAAUUCCAACUCAGACAAGGAGAGAGGGUGCUGAAUAUUCAAGGGUUCAGCCCCACCAGAGAUGCUACCAUAUACUAUGUGAACUUGAAGGAACUGGAUAACCAAAGUCCUUUUACCUGCCGCUACCGUAUGCACAAAUACAUGCAUGUUUGGUCGGAGGACAGCAAGCCCGUAGAGCUGAUGUGGAGUGACGAGAAACUACCAGCCCCGGUACUCACUGCAGAGCCAUCAAGUCACAACCUGGAGCCUGGUUCAACAGUGCAGCUUCGAUGUACUGCACACAAGGCUGGCCUGCGCUUUGGCCUGCAACGCCAGGGCAAACCAGAUUUAGUUGUGGUGCAGAUGCUGAAUUCGUCUGGGACCGAAGCUGUCUUUGAGCUGCACAAUAUCUCAACAAUCGACUCUGGCAACUACAGUUGUAUCUACAUGGAACAAGCACCACCCUUCUCAGGAUCUGCUUCCAGUGAGCCCUUAGAGCUGCGGAUAAAUGGGCCAGCACCCAAGCCAAGGCUGGAAGCUCUGUGGAAAGGCAAGGUUCCUCUGGGCCAUGAAGCCAUCUUUCAAUGCCAUGGCCAUGUGCCCAGGGUCAGCAUGGAGCUGGUACGUGAGGGCUUUAAAACACCCUUCUGGAUGGCUUCAACAACAAGCACCUCAGCUUUUCUGAAGCUGUCCUUCGUCGGUCCCCAACAUACAGGCAACUACAGCUGCCGCUAUACUGCCCUGUCACCCUUCACAUUUGAAUCAGGGAUCAGUGACCCUGUGGAAGUUGUAGUAGAAGGUAAGGCUCUCCUGAGCUGUGUUUGGGUUGUGGCUCUUAAUAUUUCCAGAGCUGUACACUGGCUAAUUGCUUAAUCGGGGCCAGUAUGGAAAGGCUCUGUGGCAGUUUGCUGAACCAAUGUAUCCCUUCUAUGUCUAGGUAGCUAACAUCGCUGCAGACACAGGAAAGUGCCCUUGGAAAGGGUUGAAGACAGACAUAAUACACAUUCUUCGUGUAAGAUGACUUCAUUUUCUCAGGACUUAAUAAAGGUCAAGUAAAUUGUUGUUUAAAACAUGUCUUUCAUUUGUGGGUCUAAGGUACCUGCAGAUGGAGGAGGAUGUUCUUCCAGGUCUGGGAUCCUGGGUCUGUAAAAAGAAGAAGCUCAGGGUUCAAUCUUAAGGACAUGAGGGUAAAAGCCUGGUCUUUGCCCACAUCUCUCAAGAUCCCUUUUUCUUGUUGACCUGUGUCUGGCUGUCUCAUAGCUCCCCAAACUUACUUCUUCCCCUUCCAGCACUUGUAUAAAUAAAGCUUAAAGCUCUAACCCCACCUCUCAGCUUGGAAGGGUUUGUCCCUGACCUAUCAGUAAGUUAGAAAACACCACAUUAAGAGUUCUGGCUGUGUUUUCAAUUUUUACAAAUAUGCUAUGAUGGAUGGCAUCAGAGAUUGUCUCAAUCAAUUCAUUGUCUGAAGUAACUCAACUGUAAAAAAAUAAAACAGCAAAAUAUCUUCAGA